UGUACUUCUUGGUUCUCAAAGGCAGGCCCAUGGCUGGGAUUAGAUCUAAGGGCCCUGGAGAUGCUGCUCCACAGUUACCAGCCCUAUGGAGAGGUUUAGGUUUGUGUCUGUGGGGCCAGGCAGAUCAAGAGAGGCAUGAUCCCCAGUAUGAUCAUUCAGAAAAAAAAAACAACAAAACUGUCUACUGCUCAAGCAAAGUGAGACAUGCUGUUGUGGCUCUAAGCUUAGAAACCCAAGCAGUCUCCCUGGAUGCCUACAGUGCUGAGGUUCCUGACCAAGCUGCACUUUAGGUUGACCCCAUCUCAGAAAAUGACUUCUGAGGAGUCUGGAGACUGGAGAGUUUGCCAGGACAAGAACACGUGCAGAAGGCCGAAAGCCCGACCAGGCUGAUGGCUCCCUGGGUUGAAGUGAGCUGCUGCUGAGGCUGUAGGUGAGUGCCUGCAGCUUUAAAAGCCUUCCACAUUUUCCCUGUAUACAAACACUCACUACCCAAGGCCCGCUUUAAGGUGGACCUGACUGCGGUAGCUGAUCUCUGACGGUAGCUGAUGGCGAGCAUUCCAGAAGCGGUUUUCUCCAGAGUCUCAGCAACUCCGAGCAUUUCCCAGAUGUGGUACAAAUGUUAAGUCUGGGCCCAGCUGAGGGGUUUGGGGGGGGCCACCUUAACCACGAGGCCGAGGUAGGCCGGGCCACGCCUCGCGAAGAGCUGUGCAGCUAGGGGAGGCGCAAGCGGGACGCCGUAGGUGGGUUUAAGAAGCACGCCUCCAGACCUCGGGCAGGAGCAAAAUAACCCCGGGGUACUGAACCCCGGGCCUAGGCUCCUCCCCGCCACGGAGGGGCGUCCAUGGGCGUGGCGCUCCUUUCAACAACCAGGGAUCCACUCUUCAGUUCCACCAGCCUCCCUUUCAGUCAGAAGCGUUCCCUUUAAGCCUGACCGGCAGCUCUCGCGGGAUCCGACGCUUCGAUUCUCGCGAGAGGGGCACUCAGCUCCCAUUGGUUGUGAGGGUUGAAUGUAAGAUGGCGCCCAGGGAGCUGUGAGGAGAAAAUCCUGUCGGUCUUGGAGCAGCGACGGCAGAACCGAGGCCCCGGGCGGUGAAGCGGGGCCGGCGGGCAGAGCGGAGGCAGCGGCGGCGGUGGCGUCGCCGGAAUGUUAGAAGUCUUAAGAACUCAGGACAAGCAGCAGACAUACAUGCAACAUGGUGACUGGAACCCUAAGGAUUCUGCAAUAUGAAUAAUUCUCUGGAGAACACCAUCUCAUUUGAAGAGUACAUCCGAGUGAAGGCGAGGUCUGUCCCGCAACACAGGAUGAAGGAAUUUCUGGACUCGCUGGCUUCUAAGGGACCAGAAGCUCUUCAGGAGUUCCAGCAGACCGCCACCACCACCAUGGUGUACCAACAGGGUGGGAACUGCAUUUACACAGACAGUACUGAAGUGGCUGGGUCUUUGCUUGAACUUGCUUGUCCAGUCACAACCAGUGUUCAACCACAAACUCAGCAAGAACAGCAGAUCCAGGUUCAGCAGCCUCAGCAGGUUCAGGUACAGGUGCAGGUACAGCAGUCUCCACAGCAGGUCUCGGCUCAGCAGCUCUCCCCUCAGUUCACCGUUCACCAGCCUGCUGAGCAACCCAUCCAGGUCCAGGUGCAGAUCCAGGGCCAACCACCGCAGUCAGCAGCCCCCUCCAUCCAGACCCCAUCUCUACAGAGCCCCAGCCCCUCGCAGCUGCAAGCAGCCCAGAUCCAGGUGCAGCACGUGCAGGCGGCCCAGCAGAUCCAGGCUGCAGAAAUCCCAGAGGAGCAUAUCCCACAUCAACAAAUCCAGGCUCAACUGGUGGCUGGCCAGUCUCUUGCUGGGGGUCAGCAGAUUCAAAUCCAGACCGUGGGUGCCCUUUCCCCACCACCAUCCCAGCAGGGCUCACCCCGGGAAGGGGAACGGCGGGUUGGCUCAGCCAAUGUCCUUCAGCCAGUGAAGAAACGCAAAGUGGACAUGCCCAUCACCGUGUCCUACGCCAUCUCAGGGCAGCCAGUGGCCACCGUGCUGGCUAUUCCACAGGGCCAGCAACAGAGUUACGUGUCUUUGAGGCCAGACUUACUGACAGUAGACAGUGCCCACCUCUACAGUGCCACUGGGACCAUAACUAGCCCUACAGGAGAAACUUGGACCAUCCCUGUUUAUUCUGCCCAGCCCCGGGGGGACCCUCAGCAGCAGAGCAUUACCCACAUUGCCAUUCCCCAGGAAGCCUACAACGCAGUUCACGUCAGUGGCUCACCCACAGCCCUAGCAGCUGUAAAGCUGGAGGAUGACAAGGAGAAGAUGGUGGGCGCCACAUCUGUAGUGAAAAACUCCCAUGAAGAGGUAGUGCAGACCCUUGCAAACUCUCUCUUUCCAGCACAGUUCAUGAAUGGCAACAUCCAUAUUCCAGUGGCUGUGCAGGCCGUUGCAGGCACGUACCAGAACACAGCUCAGACUGUACAUAUAUGGGACCCACAGCAGCAGCCACAACAGCAAACUGCACAAGAACAGACACCACCACCACCCCAACAGCAGCAGCAGCUCCAGGUUACUUGUUCAGCGCAAACUGUACAGGUUGCUGAAGUUGAGCCACAGUCACAACCACAGCCUUCACCAGAACUUUUACUUCCAAAUUCUUUGAAGCCAGAAGAAGGGCUUGAAGUAUGGAAAAACUGGGCUCAGACCAAGAAUGCUGAAUUAGAGAAAGAUGCUCAAAACAGACUGGCCCCCAUUGGGAGGCGCCAGUUGCUACGAUUCCAAGAAGAUCUGAUCUCCUCUGCUGUGGCCGAAUUGAAUUAUGGCCUCUGUUUAAUGACACGGGAAGCUCGAAAUGGAGAAGGUGAACCCUAUGACCCAGACGUGCUCUACUACAUUUUCUUGUGUAUACAAAAGUAUCUUUUUGAAAAUGGAAGAGUAGAUGACAUAUUUUCUGAUCUUUACUAUGUUCGUUUCACGGAGUGGUUGCAUGAAGUUCUGAAGGAUGUCCAGCCCCGGGUCACUCCGCUUGGCUAUGUUCUGCCCAGCCACGUGACUGAAGAGAUGCUGUGGGAAUGCAAGCAGCUUGGGGCACAUUCCCCUUCCACACUGCUGACCACCCUCAUGUUCUUUAACACCAAGUACUUCCUGUUGAAGACAGUAGAUCAGCACAUGAAGCUGGCUUUCUCCAAGGUCCUUCGACAGACAAAGAAGAACCCCUCAAAUCCUAAGGAUAAAAGCACGAGUAUCCGUUAUCUGAAGGCCCUUGGGAUCCAUCAGACUGGCCAGAAAGUUACAGAUGACAUGUAUGCAGAACAGACAGAGAAUCCAGAGAAUCCAUUGAGGUGUCCCAUCAAGCUAUACGAUUUCUACCUCUUCAAAUGCCCCCAGAGUGUGAAAGGCCGAAAUGACACCUUUUACCUGACACCUGAGCCGGUGGUGGCUCCCAACAGCCCAAUUUGGUACUCAGUCCAGCCUAUCAGCAGAGAACAGAUGGGACAGAUGCUGACCCGGAUCCUGGUUAUACGAGAAAUUCAAGAAGCCAUUGCCGUGGCCAGCGCAACCACCAUGCACUGAGGUGCCUCAGCCACAUUAGGAAAAAAAAAUCCAGGAAAAACCAGACAAAGACUUUUACACUAAAGAAGAGGCCUCCAUUUUUUUUUUUCUUUUUUCUUUUUUUUUUUUUUUUCUUUUUUCUAAUUGUAGUUACAAUGCUUUUCAGGCUACUUCUGUUAAAAAUGUAAAAGACAACGUUGCCCCUUUCCAUCUUCAUGGACCUGGGCAGAACCCUUGGUUCAUGGGGCUCUGGGUUUUCUGAGAGCCAGAUGUCCUAGGAAGUGGCUGGCUUUUUCUUUCUCUUUUUUUUCUUUUGUCUGGGGCAUGGGGAAAGGGCUUGGACUGUUAUGGGACAAAUAUGGGCCCUUCCCUUCCUCAAGGAAGAUGGAGCUGCUGAUGGAUCAACCCUCCUGGGAAUCUCCACGUGACCUUCACUUUGGCCUGGCAGGCUUGACUGAUUACAUGGAGCUACAAUUUUUUCUUCAUGCUCAGACAUAAACUUAGCAUCUUAAUGAAAGAAAAAUGAGGGGAACUUCAAUUAUGAUUUUAUUAAAGACAAUUUCUAUUGCACCCUCCUUUAUGACAAGUGACAUAGAUGUUAAAAACUUUACCCUGCCUUUUUUUUUUUUUUUUUUUUUUCUUCCCCUGGCCUAACAUUGAGGCCUUAAACCUGAGGCUCCUGUGCCUGAUGGAAUUCUUGUAACAUACACUCGUGUAUCAUAUAAAGAUACCACUCUUUCUCUUAUGUAUUCUUAUUCUAGUUGUUUAUUAAGAAUGACAAGCACGUCUUUUCAACA